ACAUAUUGUUUGCAUUUCUACAUAUAAACGAUCUAAUCCACCAUUACACAAUUUCAUCUUCGCAAUUCCAAUAAUCAUCCAACAGGAUCACCAGUGAGUCCAAAACUCCAUGGGAAGAAAAGCCCACCUGCUCAAAAGCUGGACUACUCAAACUCAACGUCUUGCGACAACGACAUCGCGCCCGUUCUCAGCCACUCGCUCCUUAGCAUACUAUAAACCCCCCUCGCCAUUCAAGAUGUCGCACAAGACCCAAGAACCAGUCAUCACCAAAAUUUCAGAACUGCCCACCGAACAGGCAAAAUGGGUGACUCUCAAGAGAAUCGACUACACAGACCAGGUCGGCAAGCAGCGCACGUGGGAGGUAGCGACGCGCAAGACGCGGGGCAAGGCGGGCGUAGACGCCGUCGCCAUGGGCAACAUCCUACUGCACCCGUCGCGGCCCGCAUCCACCAUGCUCGUGAUCCAGUACCGGCCGCCGCUGGACGCGUACACGGUCGAAUGGCCGGCGGGCCUGAUCGACGCCGAGGAGACGGCCGAGCAGGCCGCCGUGCGCGAGUUCAAAGAGGAGACGGGCUACGACUGCCGGCUGCUCAGCAUCAGCCCCGUGCAGGCGGCCGACCCGGGCAUGAGCGACGCCAACAUGCAGAUGGCCAUGGUGGAGGUGCAGCUGCGCGAGGGCGACGAGGAGCAGCCGCCCGAGCAGCGCCUCGAGGACGGCGAGCACAUCCAGCGCGUGGUCGUGCCUCUAAGCGAGCUGUACGACCGUCUGGUCGAGUAUUCCAAGGCCGAGCGCACGAUCGUCGCGGCCAAGCUGUUCCAUUUUGCGGCGGGGAUGCACUUUGCGCAGACGCAGAAGUACUUUUGAUGGUCUGUUAAUACAUAUAUACAUAUGUAUGGAAGAGAGACCUUGGCGUAUCAUAGCUUACUAUAGCGUUAUAAUAAGAGAAUUACACUUA